GAUGCGGCAACUGCUAACGGCUGCGGAGUUUAAACACCAGCCGCCGCUGCAGACGCCGAGCUCCCGGCGCGGGGAGCUCCCACGCUGGAAAAGCGUGAUGGAGUACCCAGUGACAGAAACUGGCUCACGUUUUACCUCAGGAAAUAAGAGACAUGUGAAAGACAAACGAAUUUCAAAGACUGCUAAGUUGAAUGUUUCACUUGCUUCAAAAAUCAAAACAAAAAUAAUAAACAAUUCUUCUAUUUUCAAAAUUUCUUUAAAGCACAAUAACAGGGCAUUAGCUCAGGCUCUUAGUAAAGAGAAAGAGAAUUCUCGAAGAAUCACAACUGAAAAGAUGCUAUUGCAAAAAGAAGUGGAGAAACUGAAUUUUGAGAACACAUUUCUUCGCCUAAAGCUAAAUAAUUUGAAUAAGAAGCUUAUAGAAAUAGAAGCACUCAUGAAUAAUAACUUGAUAACCGCAAUUGAAAUGAGUACUUUUUCUGAGUUUCAUCAGAAUACCUUUCUACUGCCCACUAGCAAGAAGAAACGGGUCAGUAAACAGUGCAAGUUGAUGCGUCUCCCAUUUGCAAGGGUUCCAUUAACUUCAAAUGAUGAUGAUGAUGAUGAAGAUAAAGAGAAAAUGCAAUGUGACAACAAUGUUAUGUCAAAGACAUCACCUGAUAGUUCCUCUUUGGUAUCAACAAGACAACAAUUAUCAGCUCAGUAUAAUUUGGAAUUGUUCUUUCCUAAAGAAAACAAUCAGAAUGUAUUUGGUUUAGAUGAUUCAGAACAUAUUUCUUCUGUUGUUGAUACACUUCCCAAAGAAAGCCAUUCCCAUUCCCACUCAGACAGAAGUUCCAAGAGUUCUCUAAAGAGUGAAAUGAGAAGUGCCCAGUUAAUCAGCCACAAAAAGGAGAAACCAUUUCCUAGUAAUAUAACUGAAAGGAAAAAACGUAUAUCAUCUCGGGAAUCAAAUAAUCCCUCUGCAGACAGUCCCUGUGUGAUAGAUUUAGGUCAACAGUGGAUUUCAAGUCCAGAAUUACGUUGGAAUAAUGAGAUCAAAGAUCCUACUAAUGAAGCAAAUAUUCCAGUGCAGAGAAGCAUACAAUGUCUUCCUGACUCAUGUGAGUCUGCUAGUGACCCUACUGCAGAGUGCAAGAAUCAAGGGCAGAGUAAUGAGGCCUUUCAGUUGCAGAAAACUGUGUAUGAUGCUGACAUGGAUUUAACUGCUACUGAAGUAAGCACAAUUGUUACAGUUUCAACAAGCAUUAAAAAUAAAAGUAAUGUAAAACCAAAUGAUUGUGGAAUAAAACCUUUCAGAAAAGUAAAAGACUCAAGCUCUGACAGAAAGAGAGAAGGACCAAAGAGAAAGUUUAGAAACAGUUCAGAUGUGGAUAUUGAAGACAAGAUAGGAAAUGGACCAGCAAAAAGAUCUGUUGUCCUUGAUGGCAAAGGGGAUUCAGAAGAUCCAAAUUUUAUUUUUAAUACUGAACAGCUGACUCAGUUGAACACACUGAAGAAAAUAACCCUUCCUAAUGGCUGUGAUCAAGAUGACAGACAAAGUACACGGUAUAAUAAAAAAAAGAAAAGAACACAUGUCACAAAUGAGCAAGAGGAAAUACACUCUUUCUCCCAAAGUUCAGAUAAAGCCCAGCAGGAGAGUAAAUUUGGUGUGGGUCAGACUUCUCUAGCUGAUAAAAAAUGUAAGGCUUCUAGACAGACAUUUGUGAUUCAUAAUUUAGAAAAAGGUAACUUAUUCCCAAACCAAAAGGAUAAAGAAACCACUUCUGAAAACCUGGAAGUCACAAAUGAAUUUCAAACAGCUGAUCUUCCCACCAAAGAAAACGGAAGUUUAUUUGAUUAUGAGACCCAGAAUAUGUUGGAUUUGAAAAGGCAUAUCACUGGAAUGCAACCUGCUCAGCAAAAUGAAUCAAAAAUAAAAAAGCUUAGGCAGAAAGUAAAUCGGAAGACGGAAAUAAUUUCUGUAAUAAACCAUAUUUGUGGGAAUGAUGCUAAAGAUGUGCAUGGCCUAGAAAAUGGUAACUUUUCCUUUGAAACCCAACAGGGUAAAGAAACCAUCUCUGGAAACCUGGAAACUUCAAAUGAGUUUCAAAAACCUUCUCUUUUUGCCAUAGGUAAUGGAAACCUGUGUGGUGAUGAGACCCAGAAUGUGUUAGAUUUGCAAAAGCAGAUCACUGAUGUGUGCCCUGUUCAUCAAAAUGAAUCAAAAGUUAAUAAGAACCUUAGGCAGAAAGUAAAUCGGAAGACAGAAAUAAUUUCUGAAGUGAACUAUUUAGAUAACGACAAAAAUCUGUUUUGCCCAGAGAAGAGCAACUCUUUUUUCCUAACCCAGAAGGAUGAAGAAGUUAUCCCUGAAAACCUGAAAGACCCCAGUGAGUUUCAAACACCUGCCCUUUCUUCCAAAGAUAGUGGAAACCUAUAUGACUGUGAUCCUCAGAAUGUUUUGGGGGUGAAAAAGCAAGUCCAUGAUAGGCAACCUGCUUGUCAAAAUGAAUCAAAAAUAGAUAAGAAGCUUAGGCAGAAAGUAAAUCGGAAGACAGAAAUAAUUUCUCAAAUGUACCAACUAUGUGGGGAUAAUGAUGAAGAUGUUCAUGGCCCAGAAAUCUGUACAAAAGUUCUUGACUUUGAAAUAAAUAAAUCUAAACAAAGACUUGAAUGCCAAAGUAUUACCAGUGGAUACUGUAUGGAAAGCAAUAGUAAUGAAAAGGAAAAUUGUGAUCAAGUUUCAAAUCCUUGUAAACUAGUUAAAAAGACUAGGAAAGAAUCAUCAGGCAAGACAAAGAACAUUUUGGCAAAAGGAAAAAACAGACCUAUUUUGCACUUAACAGGGUCUUCACUGACAUCUAUUUCCGUAGAAUCAGGUUUAAAACAUAUUAAUGAGGCAGAUUCUGAUCCUGGUAACCAAAAGGAACCACAUAAGAAUCCAGAGCAAAAAAGCACUACAAGUCUGAAUAAAAGAGGAGAUAUUCCUUUUGUGGAAGGAAUGAAAGGAGAGUGUCAGGUCAAAAAAGUAAAUAAAGUGAUGUCCAAAUCAAAGAAAAGGAAAACCUUCAUAGAUCCUUCUACAGGUAGUCAUGAAGUAAUGGACAUAAUAUCUGAUAAUGUUCAGGAAAUAACAGCUGAAUCUGAGCAAGGCAAUGCUGAAAAAAAUUUGGAAAAUGAGAAAAUUGGCAAAAUUCAGCCAGACUCUUACACAAAAGUGUUUAAAUCUUUAUCUCAGAUAAAUUCACCUAACAUACAAAAUACGUCCUUUAAUAGUAUGCAUGAGGGUUCAAUACCCUUGAGUAUUUCUUCUAGUAAAAAUCUGAUAAUAAAAGAAAAUUUUGUCCUGGAAUGCUCACCAAUCUUUCAAGUAAGUGAUGAUGUGGAUGAGAAGAUGAAAGGGAUGAAAUUCAAAGUCAACCGAAGAACACAAAAAUCAGAAAUAGGUGGUAGAACACUGCAGGACUUGACUAAUACCAGUUUCAUUUCAAAUAACAUAACUAAAUCGGAAAAUAAGUCAGAAGAUCUAUCUUUAGAACUGCCAAGCCGAAGAAGAAGGUGCACUCCUCUCUCUUUAAAAGAGCCAAGUCUCAAAGGGAAGAUGAGAAGAUGAGCUGAAUUUAUGCAUUCUGCUUUUCUGAAUCCUCAAACCAUAAUGAAUCAAAACAGACACAACUAGGAUCAAAGUGAAAGCACAUAACGAAAAUUUUUUUAUUUUCUUGUUUGUUUUCUGCCUUUUCAUAGAAUGUUGAUUUAUCCAUUCUUAUGUUUAGAUAGAUAUAUGUGCAUGAAAUAGCUACUUUGUAAUAUUAAAUUUUAAAAUCAUUUUGGCCAUCCUGUAACUUAUCUACCUGCUCAUUUAAGCUUGUCAAUCUACCAACCUUUAAUUAAACAGUAACUGUUAACCUUUUAAUAAAAUAAAAUGUAUUAUAAAUA